AAUACACAAAACAAAUUCGAAGGGGGUUGUUUUAUCUCAGCUCAUGUGAUGGCCUUUUGCUGAGUAUCCGUUUUGCUGCAAUGGCCGCCGGUGACGUCGGGAAAUGGAGGAGUACCGCUCUUCUGGUUAUAGAUAUGCAGAAUGAUUUCAUAUUACCAGGUGGUCCUAUGUACGUCAGGGGCGGCGAAGACAUCGUCCCCAACGUUAUUAAGGCAGUUGAGGCUGCAAGAAACCGUGGCAUCCCCGUUAUUUGGGUUGUCCGUGAGCAUGACCCAUGGGGAAGAGAUGUGGAGUUGUUUCGAAGAGGUUUGUACUCCCCUGGGAAGCCAAAACCAACUUCCAAGGGGAGUGUGGGUGCUGAACUUGUAGAAGGGCUUGUCAUCAAGGAAGGCGAUUACAAGUUGGUAAAGACACGUUUCAGUGCCUUCUUUAACACAAACCUGCAUUCGUAUCUCCAAAGCAAUGCCAUUACCAGCUUAAUCACCACAGGUGUCCAAACUCCAAAUUGUAUCAGACAGACGGUGUUUGAUGCAGUUUCAUGGAAUUAUCAGCCGGUAACUGUUAUUGUUGAUGCAACGGCUGCUGCAACGUAUGAAGUUCAUGCUUGGACUUAAAGUGAACAAAUUCAAAGACGAAGGUUCAAGUGUUUAUGCCACAAUAAUCGAAGGAUUAUAAGUGAAAAAUGUUCAAAGACAAGUACCAAUGAUAUCAGGACACAAUAGUCGAAGGACUAAAAGUGUCCACCCCUACUACAAGUUAUAUACAUUUUCCUUAUGGUCCUGUUGCUGCAUUGCACUUGGGGAUUGUCAAAGGGCACUGCUUACAGUAUUUGCUUUCAUUUUGUAAACAGCAAACAUGUCAGACAUGAAAAAUAUUGGAGUGCUGACUCCUACGCUGCAAGAAUGGUGCGAGUAAUCCGCGCUGCAUCUGAAAGCUUGCAAGUGCAUCUCUCUCUUGCUAUGCCAGAUGUUAAAAUCACUUAUCUUCAAGGAAGUCAAGUAUAUUGAAGUACCUACUGCUGUCAGCUCCUAUUGUUAAAUAUGUACUGUACCAAAGCAAAACACAAAACUACAUGCUUGUAACAUACUUCGAAAAUCAUAAAAGUUCCUAGCUAUUCAGUUAGCAAAAGGUUACUGCCAUUUAUGUAGGCUGUAAGCUUUCUUUUUAGAUGAUGAUAGAUGUAAUUUAUGAACUAAAAAGUUGGACAUUGGUCAAAUGCUACACUCUCUUUAUCGGGAGUCUUUGUUCUCACUUCCGUUUACUAAAAAGUAUGAUAGUUCACUAAAACUUGCGGUGUAUAUGGAAAGUUG